UCAAUGAUGAACUCCACUCAGGUUUCAUAUUUCAUACUCACUGCUUACUUUGACACUGGAGCUUUUAGAUAUUUAUACUUUGUGAUUAUUAUGGUUUUAUACAUGUUGAUAGUUGGUUCCAAUGUGUUUCUCAUUGUGGUUAUCUGCAUGAACAGAAGCUUACAUGAACCUAUGUACCUUUUCCUGUGCAGCCUGUUUGUAAAUGAACUGUAUGGUAGUACAGGGUUGUUUCCAUUCCUUCUGCUUCAGGUCCUCUCUGACAUUCACACUGUUUCUAAAGCUUUUUGCUUCCUGCAGAUCUUCUGUUUGUACUCUUAUGCCACUGAAGAAUUUUUCAGCUUAGCCAUCAUGUCUUAUGACAGGUAUCUAGCUAUCUGUUAUCCUCUGCAGUAUAACACACGGAUGACUACUCAUAAGAUAACAGUACUCAUCACUGUGUCGUGGUGUUUUUCUUCUGUUUUAUGUUUAGUUCCAGCAGCUCUGAGUGCUCCUCUGCAGCUCUGUGGAAACAUCAUUAACAAAGUUUACUGUGAUAACUAUUAUAUAGUCAGACAGUCCUGUGCAAACAUAACAGUCAAUAACAUUUAUGGACUUAUUGGCACAACUCUCGCAAUUUCAUGUCCUGUGACUCUGAUCCUUUUCUCUUACAUGAAGAUCCUCAGAGUUUGUUUCUCAGGUUGUAAACAGAGCCGACAGAAAGCCGUCAGCACCUGCACGCCUCACCUCGUCUCCCUGCUCAACUUCUCUUUUGGAGCUUUCUUUGAAAUAUUACAGAGCAGGUUUAAUAUGAGCGGACUACCCAACAUGCUGAGAAUCUUUUUAUCAGUGUACUGGCUCACAUGUCAGCCGCUCCUCAACCCGGUGCUGUACGGACUGAACGUGUCUAAUAUACGAAUCACAUGUGAAAAAAUGUUGUUUGCUUAA